AUGGAUAUUACUGUAACCUUCAAUGAGCUCCUGCGGGAACGAAAUGCGCCGGAAACCAGAAAACGUGUCACCUUAGAUGCCAUUGAUGGCUUCUUGAAGGAGGCAUUUCGAAUUAAUUCGCAUAUCACCAGCCUACAUCGAGAACUCCAGGACGUUAGACAAGCAUACCUUUCGACCGCACAACCACGAAAAACGAAUAGCCGAACCGUGAAGGGCCAGACCCGCGUACUCACAGACCGAGACCGAGAAGAAGUUGACGCCAAUGCGAAGCAGAUGAUUCGAGAGUUGAAUGCUGGCAUUCGUGCCCUUGACGAAGCUGAGCAGUUGCGGCGCGAAACCGAAUCAGCCAUAAUCCGAAAGAAAUAUGUGGGAGGCUUGGGGGCGCUGGGAUCAUGGGCCUCGGGUGGUAUGCUUAGUAGCAAAACAGAGGAACAUGCGGAAGCGGAAGCCAAGGCGCGAGAUGUAGGAAUUCACCGGGAUAGUGUUGUCUGGUUUUUACGGCAACGGCUGGAACUAUGCUGUCGAACCCAGCAGGAUAUGAUGGAGGCACGCCUGACAAGGGAGAUGGAGAAGAGCCGCAGCAUGCUUUCAAGAUCUGGUGUGACUAUCGCAGGGGACUUUGCAGAAUUUCCUCCGUCUGCCCGACGACAUUCGCAGGCGGACCCCGCCAGGCAGAUCCCUAUGUCCGACGACGGCCAGUUCCCGAGCCAGGGGUUGACGGAGGAGCAGAUUCAGAUGUUUGAGGAGGGGAACCAAGAUAUGAUGAAGCAUUUCGAGAGCAGCUUGGGCAAAGUCAGGACUGCCGAGAAGUCGUUACUGGAAAUAUCCGAACUGCAGUCGCUGCUUGUGAACAACCUUGCAACACAAUCAGCGCAUAUUGAACAACUAGUGUCGGAUUCGUUUUCGACAACAGAAAAUGUUGGCGGUGGUAAUAAGGAGCUGAAAAAAGCAACAGAGCGUGCAAGCACAGCCAAGUAUACGUUCUUUGCAGCGAGCGGGCUGUGCGCAUUUCUAGUUGUCUGGGAUCUCAUCUUUUAA